UGAGCGUAGAGGUGACGAUCCCUCAGCGCUACCACCGCGCCAUCAUGGGGCCCAAAGGCAGCCGCAUUCAGCACAUCUCCCGCGAGCAUGAGGUCCAGAUCAAGUUCCCGGAGAGAGACGACGCCAACGCAGGUCAGGAGGCUUCUCCGCAGGAGAGCAACCACGUCUGUCCAGACGGGGACUUUGUCCCCCGUAAGUGUGACAUCGUCGCCAUCCUGGGGCGAGCAGAGAAGUGCGAGGUGGCUAAAGCUGCCCUGCUGGCCCUGGUGCCCGUCACGGAGGACGUGGAGGUGUCCAACGAGUUUCAUCGCUACGUCAUUGGUCAGAAAGGCAGCGGAAUCCGAAAGAUGAUGGAGGAAUAUGAGGUGAACAUCCGGGUGCCGCAGCCCGAGCUGCAGCAGGACGCCAUCCGGGUGAAGGGCUUGCCGGCCAACAUGGCCGAGCGUCAGACGCGCACGUGGACGCGCCGCAAAGUCGGCAAGGAAGGCAAAUUGAGACUACUGGUGAUUUUCCUGGACGACAGCGAACGCACCUUCGAGGUGGAGGCAAGUCCGCUCCAGAUUUGA